AUGGCAUCAGAGGAAGAAGAGUUUGUCUAUUCUGCCGGUGAAUUGGACGAUGAAGAAGAAAUGGAUGAAGUGGAUUGGGAAGAUGUGGAUACAUUACAGUCAACUGUAGCUCCUCAAGUUUGUCAAUCAGUUCAUCCCGUUGAGAUUCAAGAGACUAUUGCUCAAGAUACUGAUGAUGAUGAUGUUAAUGAAGACACGACUGAACUGGCGUCGAAUCUACGACAGAUUGACUGGGAAAAAGUGAAUCAUGCACUUGAACAACAAGAAGAAGAAGAAAAGCAUGCAGCAUCAAGUGCUUGUAAGAGAAGACGGACGCCACUUCGUCUUACAAAAGGCGAGAAAGAGCAUGAAAAGAUGUUGCAUCAGAUCCAUUUACUGCUUCUACUGGCCACGCGUAUCAAGUGGAUACGAUCUAGUCAAUCCCAAUUGCUGCAAGGGCUUUUACUAUCUCUUACAGCAAAGAGCGACGUGGAUUUCUUUGUUGAGAUAAAAGACCAACCACUUUCAUACUCGCUCGCGCUGUUGGUUCGAUGGUUUAACCACGAGUUUCAAUUAGUCGAGGAAAAGGAGACUCUGAGCGGAGAAAUGGUGACCGAGUCGAGUCUCAUGAACGCCUUUUUUGCACGUGCAGGACGAGACUACGAACUGCCACUGCUAUUUGCUGCACUAUGUGGAGCACUGCAGCUUCAUUAUCGUCUCACUUGUGCAUUGGAUCCGCUGCAGGUGCAAAGAGGCAAGGCAUUUGAAUCAUUGUUUCGACAGAGACCAAGUAAACGACGUCGAUCGCAAAAGGUUGCAAACGCUUUGCUCAAGAAGAAGAUGGUGCUGAAUGGCAGCGAAGAAGAGAAAGAAGAAGUUGACAAGGAACGGGAUCCGGAGAGUACAGAGACCCUAGAUCGCGUAUUGUGGCUGUGGUGUGAAGUACUGGAUGAGAAAUCGACACGCUGGAUUCAUGUUGAUGUCGUGCGCCGACUUGUUGACCGUCCGCAUGAAGUUGAAGUGCUGCGUGGUAGGAUGGCUCGCUUUUCGUACGUCAUCAGUAUUCAGGACGACGGGCAACUUGUGGAUGUAACAUCUCGGUAUACUAUGCAAUGGAGCAAGAGUUUACCAUUACGUCUUGCAGACUCAUGGUUAGAACAAGUGCUUGAACGGUACAAUGAAGAUACCGUCGACGAGCAUUCCGUGACAUCUACAACACAAGGUGCCGUAGACAUGAACAUAGCUCUCAUGAAUGAAAAGAAAGAGCUGGAUAGAUUGAAACUGGGAGAAGGUAUGCCGAGCAGUGUGGAAGGGUUCCGAAAGCACCCUAUAUACUGUCUCGAACGUCAUUUAGGUCAGUUCGAGUGUCUUCAUCCACGUAAGAUCGUUGGAGUAUUUAACGGUCAGUCCGUCUUUCUUCGUCAACAUGUCCAACGUCUUCACUCGGCAUUUCAAUGGCGACGUCUCGGUCGCGUUGUGAAUGAAGGUGAACGGGAGAAACCUGCAAAAUGGCUACAACGUGGUGGUAGCAGCAGUAGUAAUCAGGAUGAUCACGACAACGAUGACGAGGAGAGUGAUCAUGACGUAGUCAUUAAAGAAGAUCAUCGUCCAUUGCCUCUCGCACUGUUUGGUCGAUGGCAAACAAGUGAAUUCGAGCCUCUUUCGAUGAUAAAUGGUCGUAUACCAAGGAAUAAGUACGGGAAUCUCGAGAUCUGGAGUCCAGCACAUGUCCCUCGUGGUGCUGUCCAUGUUCAAUUGUCUCGUAUUGAUACAAUUGCAGAGGCAUUGGGUAUUGAUUAUGCCCAUGCUGUAGUGGGCUUUAAAUUGUGUCAUGGACAAAUGAGACCAAAAGUCAAUGGAAUUAUUGUCGCCCAGACAAAUCAAGAUCUUUUACUCGAAGCUCAUGUGGAGAAACAAGACGCGACAAUUCAAAAGGCCAUGGCACACAACCAAAAGCUAGUUCGUAAGCGCUGGCAAAACCUCACAAAACGACUUUUGCUGCGUCAGCGACUUGAAGAUGAUUACGGUGCCGUUUAA